AUGGAUAACAAUGGGAAAAAGAACAAUAACCAUGAUGUACGGACAGAAACGGAGGGAUCUCUGCUUAAUCACCCGACCGUGAAUGUCACCUUUAAAACGUCUAAGACCGACGAGAAUGAUUAUAGAUGCGGAAUAAGUACAUGGCGCCCUCAGUGUAUACAAGUGUUUGCGAAGUUUCAUAUUGCGCUCGCCGGUCUUGUGGUAGCAACACUGUGCGUGACUUUAAAUUUUGCAAGUAUGACAACCUCUGUUAGUAAUUGGGAGAAACGCUAUAGUUUACCGUCUAAGGUAGUUGGUCUUGCAUUCACUCUCACCGAUGUUGCCCAACUUGUGGCAUUGCUUCUAGUUGGUUACAUUGGUGGUAGACGAAACAGCCACACGCCACGUUGGAUAGGAGGCGGCAUGGUACUUGCUGGGAUAGGAUUAUACAUAGUCAGCUGCCUACAGUUUAUGUCUGAACCAUAUCAAUACGGCACCAUUCACAGUGACAACUCGACUUCGAUUCUCUGCAGUGCCGGAAAUGACGUAGAAUAUUCCGUUAACGACACCGGUGAUGGAUGCAACGAGGGGGCCAUUAGCGGGGAGCAGUUUAAAGUGUUGCUACUGAUAUUCGCAGGUCUAACGAUGUUCGGCAUCGGUAUAUCUCCAAUCUUCAUUCUCGGAGUCACGUAUAUUGACGAUAACGUUGUCAAAAAUAGAGCUCCGUUCUAUUUAGGUAUGAUGUUUGCUAUGUAUGCGAUUGGUCCGCUCAUCGGCUUUCCGUUAUCAGCCGCAUAUAGUAACCUUUACGUAGAUUUCUACCGUGUUGAUACAUCAAUGGUUGGUAUUACUCCGUAUGAUCCACGCUGGGUCGGUGCAUGGUGGCUACCUUUUAUUAUCAACGGUACAUUGUGUAUUAUGAUUGGGAUACCAUUUAUGCUACUCCCAAAAAGGUUCCAUGCUAAGAUUGGAGGCGAAGAUACAUAUAAGCAAGGAGUAGACGAAUCUAAGAAUGCUGCACCUGUUCGGAAGCAAAAAAUGAAAGAUCUACCGCAGGCACUGAAGCGUCUCAUCUGCAACAAAACUUACCUGGCACUUAUGUUCGUACGUACAUCCGAUAUGGCCCUAAUGGCAGCAUUCGCACCUUUUUGUGUUAAAUACAUCAGUGACCAAUUCAGAGUUACCAUGUCAAUAGCAGGAAUCAUUGUCCCUUUUGCAUUUGUUAUACCGAGUGGACUGGCGAUUUUUGUUGGAGGCACACUCAUGCGAAAAUACAAACCAAAGUUAAAGACAACAGCUAGAAAUAUCGUAAUUGCAGCGGCACUCACAGCACCUCUCUCUGUCAUGCUAAUUUUCAUUGGUUGUAGUAAUUACAGAUUUACUGGCAUUAAUACAGAAUACGCAGUCGG